AUCAAGAAUCAAUACUAACCCAUCAGAUCAUCAGAAUAUCCCCCUGAAUUCUCUCCGAGGACGAACACUGACUUCGCUCCGAGAUACCAACAAUAGGCCAGCUCUCUAGAGAGAAAAAGGCGACACCUUUGAAGCCUUUUCUCUCCUUCCUCUUCAAAUAUUCUCCCCCCUUCUUCUCCUCCGUUCUCCUCUCCGUUCCCUUCUCCCUCUCCUCCCUCGCUCUCUUCCAUCGCCGGGAAAGAGAAAACAGAGAGAGGGAAAGGGAAAGAAGCCGUUGUGCAUUUCACAUUGUGUCUUUUGAUCUAUAAAAGAAGAGGUACCAAUGGCGGUGAAGGGGGAGGAGAAGCGGUACAUUUCCUCGGAGGAGCUAAAGAAGCACAACUCCGCGUCGGAUCUAUGGAUCUCAAUCCAGGGAAAGGUUUACGACGUGACGGAUUGGCUCAAGGACCAUCCCGGCGGUGAGAUCCCGCUGCUGGAUCUCGCUGGCCAGGACGCCACCGAUGCCUUUGUUGCCUUCCACCCGGGCUCCGUUUGGACGCGACUAGACCGCUUCUUCAUUGGCUACUACUCCGAUUACCGCGUCUCCGAGGUUUCCAAGGAUUACCGGAAACUUGUGGCCGAGUUCGUCAAGAUGGGACUUUUUGAGAAGAAGGGGCAUGGUGUCUUCUUCUCCAUGUGCUUGAUGUGGUGCUUGUUCAUGAUGGCGGUUUACGGUGUCCUGGCGACUAGCAGUGUCUUUAUUCACUUGCUGUGUGGCGGGAUGAUGGGAUUCCUGUGGAUUCAGUCAGGGUGGAUUGGCCAUGACUCCGGCCAUUAUCAAGUCAUGACAAGCCCUAAAUUUAACCGUCUUGCUCAAAUCCUCUCUGGGAAUUGCUUGGCAGGGAUCAGCAUUGGCUGGUGGAAGAGAAACCACAACGCUCAUCACAUUGCUUGCAAUAGUUUGGAAUUCGAUCCUGAUCUGCAGCACAUGCCCCUCUUUGCUGUCUCCUCCAAGCUUUUUGCCUCCCUCACAUCCUACUUCUAUGAGAGAAAGAUGUAUUUUGAUGCCGUUUCAAGGUUCUUGGUUAGCUACCAGCACUGGACAUUUUACCCCGUAAUGUGCUUUGCAAGAGUUAAUCUUUUUGCUCAGUCUAUAUUACUCUUAGUUUCAAAGAAGAAGGUGCCUUAUAGAUGGCAUGAGAUUCUUGGUGUUAUUGUGUUCUGGAUUUGGUAUCCUUGUCUUGUGUCAUUCUUACCUACUUGGAGUGAGAGGGUGAUGUUUGUCAUUGCUAGCUUUGUGGUUACUGGAAUUCAGCAUGUUCAGUUCUGUUUGAACCAUUUCUCUUCCUGUGUUUAUGUCGGUCCUCCGAAAGGGAAUGAUUGGUUUGAGAAGCAGACUAUGGGCACUCUUGAUAUUUCUUGCUCUCCUUGGAUGGACUGGUUUCAUGGAGGAUUGCAAUUCCAAGUGGAACAUCAUUUGUUCCCUCGCCUGCCAAGAUGCCAUCUCAGGGCAAUCUCUCCACUUGUGAGGGAGCUAUGUAAGAAGCAUAAAUUGGCCUAUUCUAGCGUAUCAUUUUGGGAAGCAAAUCGACUGACAAUUAAGACUUUGAGAACUGCUGCAUUGCAAGCACGGGAGAUGGUCGGUCCAAUUCCAAAGAACCUCGUGUGGGAGGCGGUAAAUACCCAUGGAUGAAGUUUCCGAGGUCUUUUCACUUAAGUACUGAUACUUAAUAUUGAAUUUGGACCAUUCUUUCCUUUCAUUUGAUUUUGAUAGGAAGAGAUAGUUGCGCGCUCAAAUGAACUUCGUCUGGUAGAGCGCAAUAUGCAUAUGUUUAGCAUUUGUUUUCACAACUGUCUUGAACUAUAUUUCCAUCUGUUUCAGUUGUAUUUUUAUUCUCAUCUUCUUGUGUGAUAUCAUAUUCUGGUAUCACUAGGAUGGAUUCCAGUGAGUUUUGGCAUCUCUUAGGGAUGUGACUUGAUAGUAAAAUCACUUGGAUUGCAAAAAUUCUGUUUUUGUGCA